AUGGGUUCGCUGCUGAUACCGUUGGUGAGCAGCGUCGCCGCCAAGGUCGGCGACACGCUGGUGCGCGAGCUUCUGCGCGCGUGGGGCCUGGACAAGGCCCGUCGGAAGCUGGAGCAGCACCUCGCGGCCAUCCAGUGCAUCCUGCUGGACGCCGACGCCAAGAGCCGCACCAACCCCGCCGUCUGCCGGUGGGUCAAGGACCUCAAGACUGCCGUCUACCACGCCGACGGCAUCCUCGACGACUUCCGCUACGAGGCGCUCCGCCGCCGUGCCGCUCAGAUCCGUCCCCACUCCACCGCACGCAAGGUGCUGAACUACUACACCUUCAAUAGUCCGGUUGUUUUCCACGUCUCCAUGGGCAAAAGGAUUAAGGAUUCCCUUGAAAUGAUAGAUGAAUUGGUUGUGGAGAUGAAUAAUUUCCACUUCCUACAACAUGCUGAGGUGCCAACCCUUGUUCAUCCGCAAACACACUCUCAUGUCGAUGAAUUGAAAAUUGUCGGUAGACAAGAUGAGAAGGAACAGGUGGUGAAGAUAUUGCUUGGCCACGCCCACAAUGAUGGAAAUAAUAAUAAUGUGAUGGUGCUACCAAUAGUUGGUAUGGGGGGAAUUGGUAAGACCACCCUUGCUCAACUUGUGCACAAUGAUCAGAGAGUGAUGCACCAUUUUGAGUUGGUCAUAUGGGUUUGUGUCUCUGACAAGUUCAUCAUCGAAGAAAUAAUACGGUCUAUAAUACAAGUGGCAUCGAAGGAGAAAUCUAAAUUUACCAAUAUAGAGGCACUGCGGAAGGAACUUACUGAAGUGUUGGGUAAUAAAAGGUACCUCCUAGUGUUGGAUGAUGUUUGGAACGAGGACAGACAAAAGUGGGAUGAUAUGAUAUCAUUGGUAUGCUCACAUGCUGGCUCGGGUAGUGCUAUAAUUGUGACAAGCCGCAGCAAUCAAGUUGCUUCUAUCACGGGCACACUUCCUCCACAUCACAUAUCACUUCUAGAUGAAGAUCAAUCAUGGGAGCUUUUUCAUAGAAACACAUUUGGAAGGGGAGUGGAAAAGCAAGAGGAAUUGAUUUUAGUGGCUAAGAAUAUUGUGAACAAGUGUAAGGGAUUACCUCUUGCUAUCAAGACCAUAGCAGCUUUACUUCAUUCAAAGCAUCACAGUCAAUGGUUUUCUGUUCUGGAUAGUGAUGUCUGGAAGGAUGAUAUCCUCACAACUACCGGAAUUGUACCUGCAUUACAGCUGAGCUAUGAUCACUUGUCAUCGGAAGAAAAAAUAUGUUUUUCUUUAUGUGCUAUUUUCCCCAAGGAUAGCUUGAUGGAUAAAGACAUGUUAAUUCAUUUGUGGAUGGCAAAUGAAUUUAUUGCGUCAGAAACAAGAGGCCAACAAAUUUUUGAUGUGCUAGUUUGGAGAUGUUUCCUCCAAGAUUUGAAUAUUCAAAAGACUUUGCUCUCUAGUUUUGAUGAGUUCAUCCACAGACCAACCACUUGCAAGAUGCAUGAUCUCAUGCAUGAUCUUGCUGACUUGGUAAGCAGAAAUGAUUGCUCCAUUGUGCAAAUAGAUCAAAUACUUCUGCAGCGAUGCCGAUAUGCUAGUCCAUUAGAGCUUGAGGCUCGACAUUUGUCACUCGAUAUUGAUGGUCCAUUAGAAAUUCUAGCUCCUCGACCCCGCACGAUAUUAGUCCAAAUGAAAUCAGGACUGAGUCAUCGAAGUAGGGCCAAGUCAAAAUUCUUCUCUUUACGAGCAUUGAGGACAUUCCAAACAAUGACACAUAUGACAAACCUGAAGCAUCUUCGCUAUCUAGAUUGUUCUUAUUCUGAUGUAUCAUCAUUGCCUGAAGCCACUUCUAUGUUGUAUAGCUUGCAAACACUGAAGCUCAUCGGUUGUAACAAUCUCAAUAAAUUACCAGAAGGCAUGAGAUAUAUGAGCAGUCUUCGGCACAUCUUCCUCGUUGGGUGUCGUUGUUUGGAGCGCAUGCCAAAAAGUAUUGGUCAGCUAAAUUCUCUACAAACACUGACGAAUUAUGUCAUUGGGAGUGAUGGAGGUCGUGGAAUUGAUCAACUGAAAGAUUUGAAUCUAGGUGGUGCUCUUUCUUUGACUGAGCUAAGAAGAGUUCAUAGUGCCGAAAAUGCUAAACAAAGCAAUAUGUCUGGCAAACAUAAUUUGAAACGAUUAUCACUCGAUUGGGCACAUGCAACUUCUUAUGGCACACAUGUUGGAUAUGAAGUACAUACUGAUGCAGAAGGAAUAUUAAAAGCUCUUCGUCCCGCCAAAAGGCUUGAAGUAUUAGUGUUAUCUAAUUAUACGGGUGCUAAAUUCUCGUCAUGGAUGCACAACUCUACACUGUUAGAACAUCUUAGUGAACUUUCUCUGACUGGAUGCAAGAACUGCAAGGAUCUUCCACCAUUAUGGCAGCUGCCCUCCCUCGAAUACUUGAGUUUGAAAGGUUUGCAUAGCUUGGCAAGUAUAUGUGUUGGUAAUGAUGAUAUAGACAAUGGGGAAUCCUUUAUUUCUCCACCACCCUUCUUUCCUAAAUUGGAAACCAUGAUAGUUGCUAACAUGCCCAAGCUACAGAGAUGGCACCAGGAAGAGGCAGGACAAGUAGCGGUCGUACUGUUCCCUCGGCUCAAGAAGCUAAACAUUUCCGCGUGCCCAAUGCUAGCAAGCAUGCCCAAGAUGCUCCCAUUGCUUGAAGAUCUACUAGUGAUAGAUGCAAGACACAUCCCCCUUUACCAUCUGAUGGGUCUGUUUGUGCAGUUUAAUCUUGAAUGCAAAGCCAACAUCUCAGUGGAACCUAGAGUUGGCUGGCUGCCUAUUGGUGACUUUCAUUUGUUGAGGCUUGGUGAUUCUUAUAUGAGACUGAGGCUCAAGGGUUUGAUGGACAAUGUAGGGCGUUUUGAAGAGGAAUUGUACAGAAUGCCUUGCAGAUUUAUUAAAGAUCUGGAUAUAACAGAUUGCGGCUGUCUUUUUUCACCUGAACCAUCCCAAAUACAACAAAAUAUAUGGAAUCAUUUUGGUUUUGUUGAAAGUAUGCGAAUUACAGCCUGCAAUAAUAUAGUGCAAUGGCCAGUAGUUGAAAUCAGAAACUUGAACCUUCUUCGACUUCUACACUUAUCUUUUUGUUCCAACUUAACUGGUUCACUUCCAUCAACAAUAUCCGAUGAUGAAAAUGUCAUACCUCCUCAGCUCCAGCAUCUAGAAAUUGAAUUCUGUCUAAGUUUGGUUGAGGUACCAAAACUGCCUGCAUCUCUCGAAAAAUUGAGCAUUGAUUUUUGUCCCAAGCUGGGGUCCAUGCCAACAAUUCUUGGGAACGUCAAAAACCUGAGAGAUCUCAGGUUGUCAGAUUGCAACGCCUUGACGACAUUUUCUGAUGGAAUGUACGGAGUCACUGCACUCAGGACGUUGGUGAUGGAGUGGUGCCCAAUGAUAGAGACACUACCGGAGGGACUCCUGCAGCAACUCCCAGCCCUGGAGGAACUACAUAUCAGAGACUGCCCCAACUUGGAGGAGGACUUGUUAAGCGGAGGCGCUGACUGGAAUUUGGUUGAAGCAAUUCCAAAUAGAUCAGUUGGCAGAUCCAUGCCCUGA